AUUCUACAAAGGAUGUACCAAGACAAGGUAGGAUGGGACGAGCCACUUCCUGACGACCUCAGGCCACAUUGGGAAGCGUGGCUCCAAGACCUCCACAAUCUGUCUUCGUUGGAGAUUCCACGGCAUUACAUACCAUUGACAGCCAAGGAAGUUCAGCAGAAUGAACUUCACCACUUUUCCGACGCUAGUGUUUCUGGCUAUGGAAUGUGUUCUUACCUCAGGGCUGUUUCGAAGUCUGGUGAAGUCCAUUGUGCUCUUGUUAUGGGGAAGGCAAGGGUUGCACCGACGAAGGUAACAACAAUCCCAAGGCUGGAACUCUCAGCUGCGGUCGUGGCCACGAGGAUAAGUGAUCUGCUAAGGAGAGAAAUGGAGAUAGAAGAUCUACAGGAAUAUUUUUGGACCGAUUCCAAGGUUGUCCUUGGUUACAUUAAUAAUGAUGAAAAACGAUUUCAUGUAUUCGUAGCCAACCGGAUCCAGCAGAUCAAAUCAAGCACAAAACCAGGUCAGUGGCAAUAUGUUGCCUCAGAAGAUAACCCGGCUGACCAUGCCUCUCGUGGACUCACCACAAAGGAGCUUGUAGAGUCUAACUGGUUCACGGGACCUAGCUUCUUGUGGCAAAAGGAUCUUCCUAAGGAAGGAGAGAUAAAGGUGGGAGAACUCAAUGAGGACGACCCAGAAAUUAAAAGAGCACAGGUUCACACAACAAAGGCAAAGGAGGAGAGGUCUCUAUCAGACCGGCUUCAGAAGUUUUCAGAUUGGAAGAAAGCCAUAAGGGCCAUAGCAAGACUGAAACGUCUUGCAAAGGAAGCCAAAGGUCUUAAAACAAAAUCUAAUGAAGCUACGACACUUGAAGAAAGAAAGGAUGCUGAAUGGUUCAUAAUCCGUGUAGUUCAAGAAGAAGCAUUCAGUGAUGAGAUCAAGUCUCUUACACAAAAGAAAGAGAUACAAAAAAGCAAGUCAACCGAGCUGCACAAGUUGAACCCUUUCAUGGAUAGCCAAGAUAUCCUGAGGGUGGGAGGUAGAUUGACACAAGC